GUGUCAGGUUGUUGUACUACAGGGGGAGCAGCCUCUGGUGCCUUGUUAUAGUGCAGCUGGAGCAGCCUGUGGUGCAGCAUUAUGGGCUGUGUAGCAGGGGUGAGGAUAUAGGGCAGCACACCCCUCUACAUUCCAGCAGUGAGGAACCAGAGUCUUUAUUACACGUCACAUGUUCUGUAUUCUCAUCCAUCACUAAGCAUGGACACGGACAGGAGUCACAGGACUGAGAGGAUAAUAAAUAUCACCAUGGAGAUCAUCUACCUGCUGACUGGAGAGGAUUACACAGUAGUGAAGAAGACAUCCAGUGAUUUUGAGACAUGCAGCAGCCGUCCCCGUGUGUCAGGAGGACUGAACAGGAACCGGAGCCCCAUCACGGUUCCUCAACCUUACUCACUGAUACAUGAGAGGCCCAAUGACCAGAAGAUCCUGGAACUCGCCAACAAGAUCAUUCAGCUGCUGACUGGAGAGGAGGAGGAGUAUAUAGAGGAACACAGGGGUCUGUACAAGGACGUGAUGAUGGAGAAUCACCGGCCCCUCACAUCACUGGAUGGGCCCAGUAACAGAGAUACCCCAGAGAGAUGUCCCCGUUCUCUGUAUUCCCAGGAUUGUACAGAGGAGAAUCACAGGAUCCCACAGAAGGAUCAGGAAGAAAGUCUGUCUGAUAUUAAAACAGAAGAUAUAGAGGGAGAACAAGAGACGUAUGUGACAGAUAUAACGACAGAAGAUAUAGAGGGAGCAGAAGAGACGUAUGUGGCUGAUAUGAAGGCAGAAGAUAUAGAAGAAGAGACGUAUGUGACUGAUAUGAAGGCAGAAGAUACAGAGGGAGAAGAAGAGACGUAUGUGACUGAUAUGAAGGCAGAAGAUAUAGAGGGAGAAGAAGAGAUGUAUGUGACUGAUAUGAAGGCAGAAGAUAUAGAUGGAGAAGAAGAGACGUAUGUUACUGAUAUGAAGGCAGAAGAUACAGAGAGAGAAGAGACAUAUGUGACUGAUAUGAAGGCAGAAGCUAUAGAGGGAGAAGAAGAGACGUAUAUGAGGGGUGAUCAGCAGUGUAAGGAGGAGGAAAUCCCUACAGAUAUCAGCACAGCAGAUGGCGGCACAAGCAGGAAUGCCUUGGAGGGAGAUCUCAUCUUAUAUGCAGAUACUAAAACAGAAGAUAACAUCACACAGGAUUCUCCAGGAGACAGCGCUGUUAUGCUAAAUAUACAUCCAGUACCUCUCAGUGCAGAUAUAUCAUCCAAUCCCUCUAAUCGCGAGGGCUGUUCUCCUGAUAACUCAGCUUUUGUUACACAUAGUGCAGCUCAUACACCUGAUAAUAUAUUUCCCUGUUCCGAGUGUGGGAAAUGUUUCACACAGAAAUCUCAUCUUGUUAUACAUCAGAGAAGUCACACAGGUGAGAGGCCAUUUCCAUGUUCUGAGUGUGGGAAAUGUUUUACACGGAAAUCACAUCUUGUUACACAUCAGAGAAAUCACACAGGUGAGAAACCAUUUCCAUGUUCUGAGUGUGGGAAAUGUUUCAAACAGAAAUCACAUCUUGUUAUACAUCAGAGAAGUCACACUGGUGAGAAUCCAUUUCCAUGCUCUCAGUGUGGGAAAUGUUUCAAACAGAAAUCACAUCUUGUUAUACAUCAGAGAAAUCACACAGGUGAGAGGCCAUUUCCAUGUUCUGAGUGUGGGAAAUGUUUUACACAGAAAUCAGAUCUUGUUACACAUCAGAGAAGUCACACAGGUGAGAGGCCAUUUCCAUGUUCUGAGUGUGGGAAAUAUUUUACACUGAAAUCAGAUCUUGUUAGACAUCAGAGAAGUCACACAGGUGAGAGGCCAUUUCCAUGUUCUGAGUGUGGGAAAUGUUUUACAAGGAAAUCACAUCUUGUUACACAUCAGAGAAGUCACACAGGUGAGAGGCCAUUUCCAUGUUCUGAGUGUGGGAAAUGUUUCACACUGAAAUCACAUCUUGUUACACAUCAGAAAAGUCACACAGGUGAGAGGCUGUUUUCAUGUUCUGAGUGUGGCAAUUGUUUUACAUGUAAAUCACGUCUUGUUAUGCAUCAGAUUUCACACAGGAGAAGCAUUACUAUGAGUUGAUACAAAACAGGGUUUAAGCAACACUCCUGUCACACAGUAUUUUAACACUUUAUGUUAUCCUUCCACAGAUAAUUGGAAUGUGUGCCAUUAAUAUAAGAUAACUGGAUCACUCCAGUGAAACUUUUACUAAUUUCUUUAUGGUAUAAAUUCUUCAAUGUAUUACUUGCUUUCUUUUUUUUUUUUAUACAACAAUUUUUUAUUGAAGAAUAGGCAUAGAAGAUCAUAUAAACAUCAUUGGUCGAAAGUAUUGAACAUGUAACAACAUGAUGCAUAGCUGUUUUGAAAGGCUCUACGUAAUACGGAAAUACAACAAAAUGCGUUAUAGAGUGAGCACAAAGGAAAUAAUUCAAAACAUGUCAAGCAGAAAGAGGAUAUGGCUGCAGUACCCAGUGAGCGUAUCUUACAUAAGAAGCCACAGCAAUGGUCUCCAUAAGAGUAUAUAUAGGUCUGAGAAAAAAUGAAGGUUAGACGUGAACCAAUAUAUCUAAAAGGGCCACAGAAUACCAUUAAUCCAACCAACAACUGAAAACUAUCGAUAUGCAGCCCGUCCUUCAAUAGUAAAUUUUCUGUUUUUUAUAGAAAGAAAAUACAAAGCAGAGUAUUUAGGAACAAAAAUACAAAAUGUAGAAAAACAUGUGGGGAUGAAAAAAAGAGAUUGAGAAGGGGAAGAUGGGAAGAGAAGAGGGUGGGGUGACAAACAUAUACUAGACAAAGACAGUACAUAUCCUAAGUCCCGAGAGGAGCAAUAAUUCUAGGGGGUGGUGUUAAGCACCCAGAAUCAAUGGACAAGGUAAUACAUUUAUAAAUAUAAAAGGACACUGCAUAUAUAUCAUAGUAGACUCGGGAUCAUGGGAUCUGUCUAAGCAAAAACCAAUAGUGGUCUCAAAGAUCUUUUGGAUCCUGAGUUGAGUAGACUCGUCAUAGCUUUGCAACACUACCUCCCAUUUCCCAUAAAAUCGAGGAGCUCGCGAUUCCACAUCGGGCACCAGAGCCUGUCUCUCGUAGAAAAUAUUAUUUAGUAAAGAUGCUCUUAAUUCAGCAAUAGAAGGAGAAUGCCUGUGCAGCCAGUGACUAAGAAACAAUGUCUUAGCUAUGGUUAGCAUAACAGUUAAAGCAGGGACAAUCUUCGUUUUCUGAGGGCCUAACUCCCAGUCUGAGAAGCAAUAGAAAAGGCAGGCGGCUGGGAGUUUGCAAAGGUGGAGUGAGAACACAUCAUUAAUAUUAUAAUUCAUUAACCUGUUCCAAAAAGUUCUAAUCUUUCUACAGCCCCAAAAGCUAUGGAGGUAUGUGGCGUCAGCCAUCCCGCACUUAAAACAGCGACCAGAAGAAGCCAGGGUAAAAUAGGAGUGUUGUUUCGGGGAGAUAUAAGCCCUAUGUGUUUCCUGUAAGGCUGCCGAUUUCAAGUACUUAAGUGUGUAGGAUAGCGUGGACAUAAUGGUCGACAUAGGUGGGAGAUCAGGGACGUCUUGCAACCAGCGACAGUGGAGCUUAGAUUGUAAAGUCCGCCUCCCAGAGUCUAUGAGAAUGGAAUAUAAAUUACGUAUCCUAUAACCAAGGGUUAAACUUGAGUGUAAGAAGGGAGUUAGGGGAUCAGUAUCACUAUCAAGAGGCAUUGCAGUCGGUAGCGACUGUGCAAAAUGGCGAGAUUGUAGAUACAUAAAGAAAUGGCUAUUUGGUAACUCAUAUUUAUUAAUUAGAGUAGAGAAGGAGUAUAUGACACCGCCCGGGUCAAAGAUGUCUCGUAUAG